AUGGCUGAAGGUGGGAGCGUCCCCGGUUGGGAACAGUAUUCAUCGCAUAACCAAAUCACCCGCUCUGCUGCCUCGCAAAUUGGACAUCCAGAUGCCGCGGCUCUCGCUCACCUUUCACGUGCAGUCUAUAUCCCUCGUCACGACAGAAACGCAACUCACCUGGCCAUCCAUGACAUCAGCACCCGGUAUGCAGCUGCGAAGGGCACACUCCCCAUCGGUUGUACCAAGUAUGCGGUAGCCAUAGGAGUCAUGCCGAAACCGCAGGGUGGUGAACCAGAUGAUACGACCGUCUUGUACGAUGUGAAUUUUAAUCAUGAAAAAGAAGAAGAAGCGGUGGUAGGAUUGGUGAGAGGCCGAAAAUCGUCAUCUCCGUCUUCUGGGGUAAAAUUGGAAAUUUCUCCCACCGAGGAGGAAGCAGCCGUCUUGACGACAAAUGGCGCAGAUGAAAGUGAGAUAAUACUCGACGUCACAUACCCCAUUCCCCCCUCAUCAACCCGCAACGGCAUCGUGAAGCACCCCUAUUUCACCUUCCGUGUCCCAGAUGCCGACGUUGGAUCAACAACCUACCAAUGGCAGAUUCACCCCAGCCGGAUCGGGCGCCUACGGUAUACACUUGUCCACCGCCCGGCCCCACAGGAGAAGCAGCAAGAACCCAGCGAUGCCGAUAUCCAGGCCGUAUACUACCACAUCGGACUCGACGACUCGUUGUACCUACCGCACAGCGAGGGCCUUCUGCUUCUUCCUGCUGGUCGGAGCUCCAUUGGAGAAAGCAUCGUGGUGAGUAGUGCGCUGGGGAUGCUAUGGCGGCUGCGAGAGCUUCACAGGGGAAAGGGUAAACUUGUGAAGGCAGGAGAGAAGAAAUCGCGGUUGGGCUCGGUCAAGCGACUUUUUGGGAGUAAGGAGUAA